CAUUCGCAUUUAAGGCAACACAGGAUACAGGCUACACGACUCAUAUCACAUCUUAAACCGGAGUCAGAGUCAGGAAACAGCAUGUCAGGAAAGGAAGUGCUGAAGCUAAUGGGAAAGCACAUUUUGCUCCAACUAUUCAGAGCUUUUUUCUGAGUCUCUCUAUAACAGGUCUGAGGCUAAUUUCAAUGUUUUUCUAACAACUAGCAAAUAUUGGGUAAAACAAAAAGGAGAAAAAAAGAGUGCAGUCUUAGAAGGGAGUAGAAACUCAACCUUCACCUGGUGAACACCCUCGAGAUCUGGAGGGAGAAGGUUUAAAUCAGGAGGAAAUUCUUGAAAUUCUCAACGUCUGCUGUCGCCAUCAAACUGCAGGAGCGCUUAGUGUUGGGGUAGCCCUUACGGAUACACAGCAGAGGAUAUGAGUCUGUCACAGCAUGGGACGCUGGAGAAGACGUUCUCUGAUCACGGCCACUCAUCCAGAGCCGGGUCAGGAGUUGUGGUGCCACCCCCUUACUCACUGGGUGGCAGCGAAGCUGCAGAUGGUCCCCUGGAGCUGAGGGGUUCUCUAGACUGCUGGGCCUGCUCUGUGCUUGUGACUGCACAGAAUCUCAUCAUCGCACUCAUCAAUGGUGGGCUGGCCAGCAUCAUCUUUGGCGUCAUCCUGACCCCUGCUCUGGCCAUGAUCAUAUUUGGCUUCCUCUGCCAUUCUACAGUGCAGCCCAAUGGAACAUCCGUGUACUGCUCAGACCUGCUGGACGAUACCAGCUGUGUGGCUCUGCUGGUAGUGGGCUUCCUGCUGUUGACCCCUCUGUUGGUGCUGGCGCUAGCAGCCUACUGCCGCCUGGCUCGGCACCUACAGCUCAGCAUGUGCUUCAUUCCCUACAGCCGCGCUGUCUACAAGAAUUUGCCAACCUCACGCCAACGGAGACCCAGCGCAGGAGGCUGCUGUGGCCAAAAAGAAGGAAAGGAGCGGGAUGGGAAGGGCAGCGUUUGGGUUUAGGAGAGAAAGAUGGAUCAGCAUUGUAAUUAUGAGUGAAAGCCUAACUGAAUACCUUAAAUAUCUCAUCCUUUUUAUUGUUUGCUAUUGCUGAGUGGAAGUUUUUUUGUAUUGUCUGUGUUGCUUUAGUAUACUGUCUAUGGAACAAAUUUUAUACCUGUUUUACAGUAAAAUGAGCAUUUAUGUGCAGAACUUUGAGUUUUACAUAGAAGCCUCACCAUGAAGGCCUGCAAAUUGAAAGCAAACAUAUUUUCACAUGGUUAAAUUCAAGCAACAUUUAAAAGAUAAAAUACAGCAUUCCUUUUACUGCACUCUAAAAACUGCUAGGUCAGAAAAACUGAAUUUUGGUUAUUUUGCUAAUCGAGUCCCAAAUGAACCGAUCCAGUCCUGUGUUGAUUUAACACAAGAGGGUUAAGUUAUGGGUUUGACUUAGCAAAAUGUACCAGGUUAUUAAACCAAAAUAAUAGAUUAAAGGGACUAACGUUGAGGCUAGCAAAAAGUAAGAAUUAAAAAUAAUCCAGAAUCUGAAUAAUUCUUAUUUUGUUUUUCUCACCCAACUGCAUUCAAAAUGACCA